GGGGAGUGGCCGUUCACCUGCUCAGACUGCGGGAAAGUAUUCACUCAAUCAUCUCAUUUGAAGGUACAUGAGCGAGUUCACACUGGGGAGAGGCCAUUCACCUGCUCAGACUGUGGGAAGGGAUUCACUCUGUCAUCUUGCCUACCGACACAUCAGUCAGUUCACUCUGGACAGUGGCCAUUCACCUGCUCAGACUGUGGGAAGGGUUUCACUCAGUCAUCUCAACUGAAGGUACAUCAGCGAGUUCACACUGGAGAGAGGCCAUUCACCUGCUCGGACUGUGGGAAGGGAUUCACUCGGUCAUCUCAACUGAAGGUACAUCAGCGAGUUCACACUGGGGAGAGGCCUUUCACCUGCUCAGUCUGUGGGAAGGGAUUCAGGCAGUUAGCUAGCCUACAAGACCACCAUUUAGAUCACACUGGGGAGAGGCCAUUCACUUGCUCGGCCUGUGGAAAGGGAUUCACUCGGUCAUCUGAACUGAAGGUACAUCAGCGAGUUCACACUGGAGAGAGGCCGUUCACCUGCUCAGACUGUGGGAAGGGAUUCACUCAAUCAUCUCAUCUGAAGGUACAUGAGCGUGUUUUGGAGUAUCGUUUGUCCCGCUCGUCCAAUGUGCUCACGGGUGACGGGCUCAUGCUCGCGCUUCCAAUUCAUUUCCUUCAGCAGACCGGCAACAGCUACAAUCGUAGAAUAAGUGGAUCAGCUGCAGAACUUCCUGCUCUCCGGCUGCUAAACCCUGAGGCAGUAGUAUACCUCACACACCUACCUCUCAAUUCGUUUGAACUUUCCAGCUACUCUAUUCGUGUGAACUACCAUGGCGUUCUGGAGAUUGACAUCAAUAUUGCUGUGUAA